AAGUUUCAUCUCUCAUUCCGCAUAGUAUUGCAAUUGAGUAGUUGCGAAUCAUAAUAUCUCUAAUUUUCGAAAUAUACUUCAAAAAUGAGCCAGAAACCAAACUUCCCAAUCUCCGCACCGGGUGCUAAGUCAUCCAAAAUUAGUUUCGUGGUAUCCGCGAGGGAUCUACCUAUGCGAGAUCGCGGCUGUGUGGGAUCGACGGUGCAAGACCCGUAUAUCAAAUGGACGCACAGAAGUAACACUGAUUCCGACCCUAAAGUUUGGAAUGAUGGAGGAUCUACAAAACAUCGUGUGAAUGAGCCAAACCCAGACUAUUUCGACACCACUUUCAGCUAUGACUGGAUGCAAGGCAUGGGACAAGUGUGGCGAUUUGAAGUGCUAGACUUCGACGUGCUUAACAAGGAUGACGCCAUCGGAUUUAUUGAAGUCAACGUUGACGACUUUGUCGGAAAUGGUGGAGAGUUCUACGCCAAGCUUGGAGGCCCACAAGGAGCUUUGCUGAUUAGGACUGUAACUUUGAUCAAAUUCAAGUUGUCGGCGAGGGACCUCAUUAAACUUGACGCAUUCGACGGUCUAUCCGACCCGUACGUUGAAUGCUACUGGACCGUUGGGAAGGGCGGACCGGAGACGAAAUUUGCAACGACAAAAACAAUCAAAAACGUGGAAAAUUGUGAAUGGGAUGAUGUCAUCGAGUUUCCAAUUUAUUCGCCAGGAACAAAUCAAUUUUGGGUGUUUAAAGCCUUUGACAAAGAUCCACUCCCAAAGGAUGACUCAAUUGGAGAGGCCUAUAUUUCUGUGGAUGAGUUUGUGAGAUCCAAAGGAAUUUUUAUUUGCGCCUUAUCCGACACGAAAGGAAAUGACUCAAAACUUUUGAUUACCCCGAUUGUUGCUUAAUGUGAAUAUCUACUGAUGUUUAUUAACUAAAUAAAAUAACUAUUUAUAUUUAACCUCA